AUACACACUUGUUGCUCUUUCCGCAGGAAGUGAAGCACGUCGUUAGCUGAGUUGGUUUUCUGUACUAAACCUUUUCGACAUUUGACAUAACUAUCACCUAUAAUGACUGGCGGCAGCUUUGGAUAUGCACAAUUUACAAAUUGACUAAUUUGCUUUUGGCGGACAUCAAUAAGGGAUACAUGUAUCCAACUCAUGGAUGGCCUCUUAUCCACUACAUUUUUGAUGGGCAAAGUUUAGAGACAACGGGACAUAUAUUUCUGGAUCAAGGAAGUACUCCUUGCCAAAGGACUUUGAAACAUGCCCUUGCCAUUCGGAUUAAAACUCAAAAGAACUCGAAGGUAUACUGUCUCAAGCAAGAGCUGUCUGGUCACACGCAUUCAGCUGCUCAAUGGGGAAUUUGUUGAGUUUACUCUUUCUGUGGAGAGCACCGGCCAGGAAUGUUUGGAGGCAGUUGCACAGAGACUCGAGUUACGAGAGAUAACAUACUUCAGCCUAUGGUACUUCAACAAGCAGAACCAGCAGCGUUGGAUCGAUCUGGAGAAGCCCCUGAAGAAGCAGCUGGACAAGUACGGCCUGGAGCCCACUGUCUACUUCGGCGUGGUCUUCUACGUGCCCACCGUAGGCCAGCUGCAGCAGGAAAUCACUAGAUAUCAGUAUUAUCUCCAGUUGAAGAAGGAUGUUCUCGAAGGCCGAAUCCCUUGCUCCAUAGAACAGGCCAUCCGCCUGGCUGGCUUGGCAGUGCAAGCUGACUUUGGAGACUUCAAUCGUUACGAUUCGCAGGAGUUUCUUCAGAAGUUUGUGCUCUUUCCUAUCGGCUGGAUCCAGGAUGAGAGAGUACUGGAAGAGGCCACUCAGAAAGUGGCUGUGCUUUACCAGAACUACAGGGGGUUGCCUGCCCCAGAGGCUGAGAUGUUGUACAUGCAGGAGGUGGAGAAGAUGGAGGGCUAUGGCCAGGAGAGUACCCCAGCCAAGGACAGCCAAGGCACUGAUAUCCUCCUUGGGGCCUGUCUGGAUGGCAUUUUUGUCAAGCACAAAAACGGCAGGCCACCCCUUGUAUUCAAGUGGAAUGAAAUUAACAACAUGACUCACAAUAAGUCCUUCUUUGCCCUGGAGCUUACCAACAAAGAGGAGAGCGUGCAGUUCCAGACCGAAGACCUGGAAACCUCCAAAUAUGUGUGCCGGAUGUGUCUGGCAAGGCACAAGUUUUAUAAGAUUAACAAGAGCAGCCUAGAGGAGUCUGACCCCCCUUCGCCUUCUGAGGGCUCCCAGAAGUCCAUUCUCACUCUUUCCUUUCCUCGCUUUCCUUUUCUGCCUUCUAACAAGGGCCAAACCCAGCCUACCGCUGUGAACCCAGUGAGACGCCGAUCCUCCACCAGGAUGUCUCUGCCAAAGCCCCCGCCCUACAUGUUGCCCCCGCCACAGAUGCACUACAAUGGUCACUUCACUGAGCCUUACACAUCCUCACAAGACAACCUGUACAUGAACAGUCAGCACGGCUACUACUACCACUCCCAGACCAGUCUGGACCGCUCACCACUUGAAUACGGCAACAGCGGCGGUGGGAACGGGCGGCUGCGUAACGGCAGCGUGUACAGCGCCCACAGCACCAGCUCCCUCACCAACCCCCAGCACUACAUGCAGCCCUCGCCCAUGUCCUCCAACCCCUCCAUCACAGGCAGUGAUAUCACCCGGCCCGACUACGUGCCCUCGCACCGCCAUAGCGCACUCAUCCCCCCCUCCUACCGCGCCACCCCGGACUACGAGACGGUCAUGAGGCAGAAGAACCGGGGAGGUGGAGGAGGGAUGGUGCAUGGCCACGAGCACCGCCAGAGCCACUCCAUGAGGAACCUGAACAUUGGGAACUCGUACGCCUACAGCAGGCCGGACCCCCUGGUCUACAGCCAGCCGGAGAUCAGAGGAGAGCAUGGUGGAGGAGGAGCGCACCACCACUACCCCUUCCAUCUCAACUCCAGCUUCCACAGCCCCUCGCCGUACCCCUACCCCACGGAGAGGAGGCCGGUGGUGGGGGCGGUUAGUGUGCCCGAGCUGACAAACGUCCAGCUGCAGCAGGCGCAGGAGUAUCCUGCGGCCAAUAUCAUGAGGACCCAAGUGUACCGCCCUCCACCCCCCUACCCAUACGGCGCCCACCCACGGCCCGCCAACAGCACGCCGGACCUGUCUCGCCACCUGUAUGUGAGCAGCAGCAAUCCGGACCUGAUCAUUACACGGCGCGUGCACCACUCGGUCCAGACCUUCCAGGAGGACAGUUUGCCUGUAGCCCACUCCCUGCAGGAGGUAUCCGAGCCCUUGUUCCUGGCUGGACCCCCACAACACCACCCCCACCAACACAACGCACACAAACGCAACUCCAUCGAGAUUGCCGGCCUGGCUUACAGCCUGGAGGGUAUGAGGGUCAAGGAAAGGACUGUAUCUGCCUCAGCCGCAGACACCCCCCCUCUGGCCCCGCGUGGCCCCUCAGGCUCCCAGCUCAACGUGUUCCUGGAGCGGACCAAGUCAGAGGACGGGGGGGAGGGGAAAGAGGACGUUCGCUACGGCCACAAGAAGUCCCUGUCAGACGCCACCAUGCUGGUGCACAGCAGCGAGGAAGAGGAGUUUGAGGAUGAGAGCGGACGCCACACCCCCCAAUCCCACGAUGCAUUAUUGUCCGGGCCUGACCCGCAGCAGCUUCUAACCAAUCUGGGACAGAUUCCCCUGGAGCCCCCGCCCGCAUAUCCCAUUGGCUCUUUCCUUGACCCUGUCCUGUCUGGCCUCCCGGCCUAUCAGGUGAACCCACUGAUCCAGGAGGCAGAGUCACUGUACCUGUUUGAGGGCGGGCAGACUGGCAGGAUGGUGCCCUCGAUGUCGGAUAGUGACAUCAGUGGGCAGAACAAACCGAAGACCAAGAAGGAUUUCAUCAAGAAGAGGCCUGUGUCAGACGUUCCUGCUGGGAAGAAACCCAUUGAUGGCCUGCCUCCUGCCGGCAUGAAGAAGCGGGCUGAGCUGAAGAAGAUGGGUCCUCUGAAGGUGGCGGCCCUCAACGGCCUGACCCUGUCCAGGCUGCCCAUGCACGAGGGAGGCAAGGACCAACCUGAGAAGGCCUCCAACGACGAGAGGUGUAAGGUGCUGGAGCAGCGUAUGGAGCAGGGCAUGGUGUUUACAGAGUACGAGCAGGUGGCCAAGCGGCGUCCGGCAGGCGACUGCAGCAUCGCCCAGCUGCCAGAGAGCGGCGAGAGGAAUCGCUUCCAGGAUGUGCUGCCCUACGACGACACGCGUGUGGAGCUGGUGCCCACCAAGGAGAACAACACAGGCUACAUCAACGCCUCGCACAUCAGGAUCACGGUGGGUGGAGACGAGUGGAGCUACAUCGCCUCCCAGGGCCCUCUUUCUAACACUUGUCUGGACUUCUGGCAAAUGGUGUGGGAGCAGGGUGUGGCCAUCAUCGCCAUGGUUACAGCUGAAGAGGAGGGUGGCAGGGAGAAGAGUUUCCGCUACUGGCCACGUCUGGGCUCUCGCCACAACACGGUGACAUACGGACGCUUUAAGAUCACCACGCGCUUCAGGACGGACUCAGGCUGCUAUGCCACCACGGGCCUGAAGAUCAAACACCUGCUGACGGGCCAGGAGCGCACCGUAUGGCACCUGCAGUACACAGACUGGCCCGACCACGGCUGCCCCGAGGACUUCAAGGGCUUCCUCUCGUACCUGGAGGAGAUCCAGUCAGUGAGGAGACACACCAACAGCACCAGCGACCCAAAGAACACCAACCUACCUGUGCUGGUCCACUGUAGCGCUGGAGUGGGCCGCACCGGGGUGGUCAUACUCACUGAGAUUAUGAUCGCCUGUCUGGAACACAACGAGAUGCUGGACGUCCCGACCGUCCUGAACAUGCUCCGGCAGCAACGCAUGAUGAUGGUGCAGACCAUCUCACAAUACACCUUCAUUUACAAAGUCCUUAUCCAGUUCCUUCGCAACUCCAGGCUAAUCUAAGCGCAACCCCCCCCCCCCCCCCCCCCCCCCCCAAGGUUUGUGUCGGCCACAAGAAAGCAUCUGUGGCCUUUAGCUCCAAAAUGGUGGUGCUGGUGGAUGGUCCUUUUUCGAAGUGUUAGUGGAGGUGAGACUGCGAUAAAACCUGACAAUGAAAGGAUCACAUGACUUUGUGCGUGUCCCCCUCUUGAACAGUAUUAAUGAGAUUUCACUGUAGGAUUUUUACACAAUUACUGACAUGAAACCCAGCACUUGAAACCUAGACAUGAAACCCAGCACUCGGAUUAUUGUAUAUCAAUAUCAUUAAUUACAGAUAUUUGUUUAUCACAGAUUUUAGUUUUGACGAUUUGUGUGCUGUGCUGGAUGAUGGUCUUUAUAAAGAAGGACUUGACUAAUGUUUUGAUUGAGAAUUCCUGAAGGAAGUUAAAAUCACACUUUGAUUACGUUGGACUACUGUUUGUUGUCUGCUUGACGGUGGAAGAUGAGAAUGGUCACUUUUUUUAAUGAAGGGCAUCUUUGGUGAACUGCACUUGUAUCUAAGGAGUGUAGAUGUGUUACCAUGUUUCUACUGUGGUGGUUUCGGAUUUCUCCUUUGCUCUUAUUUGGCUUAGCAAUAGGCCUGACACUAAGACCAUGUAUUGAUUUAUAAGAGGGGUUCAUUUUAUGGUAUCACAAACCUCACUUUGGGGAAAACCUGGGUAUUUGUAACCAAAGAGCUAAAGUCAAUAGCUACACACACACCAUGUUGAGUUAUUCAGGUGUCUACCAAAGAAUCUUUACUGUUAAACACAAACACACAUUGAGGUAUUUGGACAUAACUGGAAUUGAUGGAAUUAAAUUAUCCCCCCCCCCAUUCUGUCUCUCCCAUAUAGCACUAUACCAGACAUGGCUCACACAUAAUGUGCAAUCCGCAGUUGAAAUAAUAUCAAAGUGUUUUUCCCACCACUGUUUUGGUAAAAAGCUGAGGAGUGGGGCUGGAGAAAUGUAGCCACUCUCAAAUUCAUAAACAGAGCUAUGUGUGCAAGGACUGACCAUCCAUGAUGUCAAAAUUAUAGUUUGAACCAUGUUUUGAGGCUAUACAGUGUUUGUUUACAUUGGCUUUUACAUUUACUUUGUUUACAAACAUUGGAGUAAAACAAGCUUAUUUUAAGUUCUGAUGGGAUAUGACAGUUGAACUAAGCUCAUGAUGCAUUUAUACGUUUUAUAUUCUUCAAGAAUCAAUGGGCACAUAUUCAUUUGUAAGUAAAAACAAUGGAUGUAGUAACUGCAGAUUAACCCUUAUGUACAUUCCAUUCUAACUGAUGUGUGCCUAAAUGGUUGGUGGACUCUGGGAUAAGACCGUUUCAAUUGAAAAAGGACAUGCGGUGGAGUCAAAGUAUUCAGACCCCUUGACUUUUUCCACAUCUUGUUACGUUACAGCCUUAUUCAAAAAUUGAUUAAAUAUAUUUUUUCCCCUCAAUCUACAUUUGCAAACAUUUCUAAACAAUUUUUCACUUUCAUUAUGGGUUAUUGUGUGUAGAUUGAGAGAAAAAUGAUUUAAUAAAUUUUACAAUAAGGCUGCAACAAAGGGGGGGUCUGAAUACUUUCUCAAUGCACUGUAGGUCAGAAAGCGGUUCGUAAGGAGGUAGGUAUUGAGACAUGGCCAUUGAUUGAUUUCUUCAGUCAGAUUCAUGUGUAUGAGAUGGGAAAAGGAUUGAGAAAUGAGGUGGAAAGGUUUGGUUUGUAGUGGAUGAUUUACAUAUUUAGCCGUUCAGAGACUGAACGCUGCUGAUCCAUACUAAUUUAAACACACAGAAUGUGUUUAAAAUGAGUGCCAUAACUAUUGUUGAGGAAAUACCCCUUUACAGCGAGCUUUCUUUAUAUCUGGGGGGAAAAAGUGCUUACAUAUUUUUUAAGUGUAGAAAUCUGCAUUGAAAGGGCUUUACGUAUUGCAUAUGAAGGAAACAACACGGAUGGAAUUUGUUGUGAAUGACCAUCUUUAAAUUGCCAUGUUUUUUUUUCUUGCAUCGUUUGUAUCAGUUUCUUUUGACAUCUUAGUACCAUGAAGUAGUCUGUUCUACUCAUCUUAUGGAGAAACACAUGUGACGUGUUCAAUGGCCCUCUUCACGAAGGCAACAUCCCAAUAGUAACACAUAGCUUUCUUUCCUUUCAGUGCUAAAAUUGAAAGAACUUGAUUGGGUUAGAUCAUUUUAAUGUCAUCUAUGUUCACGGCCAUGAUCAAAAAGAGGCAAGGAAAAGCAAGUAUUUCAUGAGAAUUCAGACCUACACAUUCAUUGGAAAACACUAAUCAUAUUUUGUCAUCCUGUUCACUAGUAGUGCUUGGUAUGUUCAACUAAGUACCAUGCUCAUUAGUGUGAGGAGGUAUGUGUCAGGGCUGUAUUACAGAUGUGUUUAGUGGAUUCUGAAUGGUUCAGAGUAUCACUGGCAGCAGUUAUCCUGGGCACAGUGCUUGUUUUCACCCCAGUGAGACAUUUGGCCCACCUCUGCUACAGAGAGAGACACAUCCUGUUGUUAACAGGCCUAACCACAGUGACCACCAAUACAUGCUGGACCAGCGUUAAGAUCCUAUCCUAUAUAUCAGGUCAAAUUGGUUCCCAAAUGGCACCCUAUUCCCUACUGUUCCCUACACUACUAUUGACAGGGGCACAUAGAGGCUCUUUUCAAAAGUAGUGCACUAGAGAGUAGGGUGCCAUUUUUGGAUCGUGAUCUUUUUGCUAGCCUAUAGCCACAGUACCUGUGAAGUAACCGUAAAGGGAUAGUUAUUUAAAAAUUAAUUGCUGUCAAAGUAUUUUGACUGACAUGUAUAUCCUUAUGAGGACCAUAUGGUCAAAGCAGUCUAUCAGGAAUGAUGAUUCCAAAGGCAGGUUCCAACAUUGCAACCAGAAGAUUUUGACAAGAGUAGUAUUCUCUUCCAGAAUGGUGGGUUUGAUAAGGCUUGCUUUAGAAUGACAAUUGAAUUUGUUUAGGUGUGAAACUGUUUAAACUUUUACCAUAUUUAUUAGAUUGAACUGGAAAAAACUCAUAACCCUGAAACUGAGUGGACAUUGGUUGGCUUAGAACAGAACUGGAUUUUAAAGGCCCUUGUACAUGCUGCUUCGAGUUUUUCAUUUUUUUUAAAGAUCAUGCUGAUUUAUUGAUUUGAGUCUUAUUACGUUGUGGAAGUUGUUACAGAAUGUAACUCAUUUGUGACUGAGGCUACAGUUUUGCCCAUAUCUGAUCUCCUAAGAAUGUUAUACCGGUUGGCUAUGCUGUACACAUUGUGAAAUCCUCAGCUUUAAAGCACCAUCUUGUAACCAAUUUAGACCUAUUACCUGUAUAAAAUGGAGAAAAAAAUGAAUUAUUCCAUUGUAAAAAAAUAUAUAUAUUUAAAGGAGUCUUUUCUGCUUA